GUAUAAUCCAUAUUUCAGAUGAAGAAGAAGUAAUUGCAUUGGAAGAGUUCUAUUAUGCUCGUAAAAAUCCAAAUAAAAAAUUGGUUAAAGCUGAACAUAAAGGAGUUUUUCAGUUUAAGUGCCUUAUCUGCAAGAAGAUUGUAGAAAAUAAUGUGAAAGUUAUGAAACAUAUUAAUGCUCAUAUUGAAAUACAUCGUCAGUGCAAACCUGCUUUAAGUGACCUUACCCAAUGCAAAUAUUGUUUUCGUGAUUUCGAAACACCUUUUAGUAUGCAAUGUCAUAUUGAAGCUGUUCACUUAAAAAAGGAUUCAUUGGUUUGCCGAAUAUGUAACCAAGAAUUUAUUCAAUUUAAAAAUUUAUUAUCACACAUGAAAAACUUUCAUAUACAAUACGAAAUGCCGUAUAGUUGUCAGCUUUGUCAUUUUCGUUCAUCAUUUCAUCAAGAUGUCAUAUUGCAUUUUAAUGAGGUUCAUUAUGGAACAGAUAAGAUGAUGUGUCAUUACUGCUUAAAAAUUUUUCACAUAAAAUUUUCUAAUGUUGGAUUAGGCUUUAUUCAGAAUUAUUUUUAUCAUAUACACAAGCAUCAGCUGAAGUCAGUAACAAGAAAAUGCUCGAAAUGUUGCUUGAUUUUUCUUAGUGUUCAAGAACUGAAAGAACAUCGAAUGUAUGAUCAUAAAGUAUUAGUCAAUCGAAAAGGAAUUCAUUCAAUUAAAUCCACCUUUGUGGCACCUUCCAAAGAAUAUUUAGAAGGAAUAUCAAAUCCAAAUAAUUCAGAAAUUAUAUUAAACAAUGCAAACUGUGAAGUUUCUGCAGAAAAAUCUAUCAAACAGUUAAAUAACAAAUUAAAUUCCACUUAUAUGGAAUAUAACAAUAAGCCAUCGUACCUCUGCUGUGAAUGCGGUUGUCCUAUGGCACUUGGACAUUUUGGGAGAUUUUUGAUUUGUGGUUGUUGUCCCUAUUCGACAAAUUGUCAUAAAGCUUUCGUAGAUCACAUGAUUUAUAAGCAUACGAAACUCCAUACAUCUGGGAAGAAUAUGGCAAUGGAUCUAAAACCUGUUUUAUUAAAAUAUCCUAUGAAAUGCAAAUGUGGAUUUUCUUCAUUUGAAGGUAAUUCAAUAGCUAACCAUUUAGUGAACUGUAAGAAGAUAACUUGUCAGAUAACACCUUCUACAAAGUGCAUGAUUACGGUCAUUAAAAAGUCGGUGGACCAAUUCAGAUAUUUUGAUAAAGACACUAAGGAGUCGGAUUUCUCUCAGUCAUUUUUAAAGAUGAUCAAAACAGAAAAAAAUCAAGGAUUCAAAGAUUCAGAAAGUAUGGAUUAUAACGAAGAUGAUAAUCAUUCUACUGUUAAUAGAAGUUUCAACAUUAAAUUUAAAGAACUAUCUUUGUCUCCUGUGCAAGACAUUAUGAAUGAAAACAGUCAAGCUUCACCAGCAAUUGAUGACGAUACCAAAGAUCACACAGAAUUCUCAUGUCUUGAUUAUAAAGAAAGAAAUCCUGAUAUGUUAAAUGCAUUAGGUCUUGUAAGGCGAACUAUGUUUAUUUCGGAUUCUAUGAAUAAUUCCAGAGAUACGUUUGACGAUUCAAAAUCGGAAUCUCUGUACUUCGAAGUUGAAGUAGAAGAAAUGGAUCCUAGCAUUCAUAUAUGCGAAGAAAUUGUCGAAAUGGACAAUUAACGAUAGUGUUUUUUAAAAUUAAUAAAAUUAUAGGUAAUAGUAUAUUUAUACACAAGAUUUUUCCAAAAAUUUUAUAAAAGUUGGCUUUAUAACUUUCAAUAAAUUGUUCUUAUUUUCUCUUUGGAAGCAAAAAUAUCACAUAAGUUUAUUUUGAGUGUUUUGUUUAAGCUAGCAAAUUAAAUAUGACAUUUUAUAAAAUCAGGAAUGUGAUUUAAAUUUCAUUUAAAAUGUUAUGGGUUUGUAUUCUUAAUAUGGUUGUAGAAAAAUUAUUUAUGAUACAGCAUAAUGUAUAGUGGAUUUAGAUUUAAUAUUUAUAUAGAAAUUAUUCACUUCUAAAAUAAUGCACACAAUUUUUACAUAUUGCAUCUUUUGUAUAUAAUAUCUUAUCUGUGUCUUGCAUUGUAUCAAUGCAGUUUUUUUUUUUAAUUAUGUUUUUUGUAAAUGUUAAACAUACAUACCAAUGAAACAUUAUUGCACCAUCUCCAAAUGUGCCAUAUUUACAAGGGAAAUGGGAUCAAUAUAUAAGCAUAAUUAUUUUCAUUUCAUUAAUUUUAAAAUUAAAAAAUAUUAAGAAAUUAUGAGAAAUUUUUUGUGAUGAUCUCAAAGACUUUAUGCAAGGUUUUUAAUGCAUAUGGCUCAAUAUAAUUUUAUUAUUAUUUUUAUCAUUGAUAUAGUAGUACAAGUUAUGUUGUUAUAAUAGAAUUUGGGUUCUAAAAUCAAAAAAAAAAAAAAAAAAGACUGAAUCACUGCCAUUGUAUAUUUCUUGUUUUGUUUAUUAUUUAUUCAUGUGUACAUGAAUCAUGAUUUUGUGAUGUUUAUCCAUUUUUAAGUGUUCCUUAUUCUAUGUAAAGUAUUUAAAUAUAUUCAUAACAAUUGUACAAAUUACAUACAAUUGAAUGUUGUAAUAAUGAAAAAUAAGUUAUGCAAUAUUUUUCCGUUUCGUUAUUAAUCAAAUCCCUUUUCAUAUGUUCUUGUGAUAUAUAAUGCUGACUACUAUCAAUAUAAUAAAGUUUUAAAGUGUUCUUUGAA